UCAGGACCCAGCAGUUCACUUAGUUUAAGUACAGAUUCUGAGCUACAGGUUUCAGAUUUAAAAUGACUGAGAGUAAAUUCACCUGUAUGGCGGAUCUCAUGGAGCAUCUCCACGCUUUAUCUUUAGCUCAUUUAGCCUCGUCAGCAUCCCGCGACUUCCCCAGCCAGCAGGACCUCGACCCUAUCCAAAGAAGAGCGAAUGGCCAACCUAUCUGUUCAUUGAGGACCUUCAUAUAUGGCUGUGGGGACACUGGUGAUACCGUUGAGGAACGAACCAUAAAAUACUGGUACUUGUUUCACACCGGGAGCAGGGACUCAUGGGAAUCUUCCUCUGAAAGCGAGGAGCACAGAGCAGCGCCUUUCCCCUUCGAGGGAUUUUGCUCCGCUUCCUCUUUAAAAAAUGAGGAGGACGUUAUAGAGCAGCCUGAACCUGAGGAGUCCAAGAUGAAGGAGGAGGAGGAGGAGGAGGAGGAGCUAUCUGGCUGCUUUACAAUCAAGACUGAUAUUGUGGCAGUACUUGUGGAAGCUUUUCGAGCAUUUAGACUGAGGAUGAGGAAAGCUUUCCGAAGAGGAAGAGGAAGAGUCGAGCCGGUGCAGAGCCCUUCCUUCCAGGAGGAUCCGACUUCUGCUUCUGCUCAAGAAGCGCCUCUCAGGACUCCUGAUGCUGAGGCAGAAGCUGAGGAGGAAGCAGCCGAGGAGGAAGCAGCCGAGGAGGAAGCAGCUGAGGAGGAAGCGUCUUCAGAGACUCGGAGAACCAGGAAGCUGCGCUUCCCCAAAUUUAAGAAAUACAGGACGUCAAGAACAAGAACCAAGAAACCAAGAAGCUGAAUCUUCAGAGUAAAGAAGUUUCUAAUUUCCCUCUCAGUAAAAAGUCCAGUCCUCCUCUGGCUCUGAUUGGUCCACAGCAGCAGGUGCUGUAUGAGUGUUUGUUGCAGUUCGGUGUCGACCUAAGGAGGAUGGGUCUCCCUUUUGAGCUCUGGUUCCUCUCGAGAUUUCUUCCUCAAUUUGAGGGAGUUUUUUCUUGCCGCUGUCGCCGUUGGCUCGGCCAGAAGGGGCUCGGACUCGGAUCUCUGCAGAACUGCUGCUGUGUGAAAUGAAAAUUGCUGCUGAAAAAUUAAAAUUGAUCCUCAGAACAGUCCUUAAAAUAAAGGUUUUAUGAACAUUCA